GCUCAUUUUAGAGCGACGAGGUGUUGGAGCUUGGAUCUAGCGAUCUUGAUGUUGUGAUUGGCUGAAUCCGGCGAGAUCUUGACCUGUCUGGGCGAGAAAUGGCAACCCCCGUUAGUAUUGAAGUAGGGUCUCAUGUCUGGGUUGAAGACCCGGACGUUGCUUGGAUCGAUGGGGAGGUGUCAGAGGUCAACGGCGACGAGGUUAAAGUCAGCUGUACCUCGGGGAAAACGAUUACGGCGAAAAUAGCCAAUGUCUAUGCCAAGGAUGCCGAAGCAUCCCCAUGUGGUGUUGAUGACAUGACGAAGCUGGCGUAUUUGCAUGAGCCAGGAGUUUUACAGAAUUUAAAAUCUAGAUAUGAUAUGAAUGAAAUAUAUACAUAUACUGGAAAUAUAUUGAUUGCGGUGAACCCUUUCCAAAGGUUGCCUCAUCUUUAUGAUACCCACAUGAUGCAACAGUACAAAGGGGCAGAAUUUGGCGAGCUCAGUCCCCAUCCUUUUGCUAUUGCAGAUUAUGCAUAUAGACUUAUGAUGAAUGAGGGAGUAAGCCAAUCGAUUCUAGUUAGUGGAGAAAGUGGUGCAGGUAAAACAGAAAGCACGAAAAUGCUUAUGAGAUAUCUAGCUCACAUGGGUGGGAGAUCUGCAGCUGAAGGUCGGUCUGUGGAACAACAAGUAUUGGAGUCAAAUCCUGUCCUUGAAGCAUUUGGUAAUGCAAAGACGGUCAGAAACAACAACUCAAGUCGCUUUGGAAAGUUUGUCGAGCUUCAGUUUGAUCAGAGAGGGAGGAUCUCAGGAGCUGCCAUUAGAACUUACCUGCUUGAAAGAUCUCGUGUCUGCCAAGUAUCUGAUCCUGAGAGAAACUACCACUGUUUUUAUAUGCUUUGUGCUGCUCCUCCAGAGGAUGUUAAAAGAUUUAAACUUGGAAACCCUAGAAUGUUCCAUUACCUGAAUCAAUCAAACUGCUUUGAGCUUGAUGGUCUGGAUGAUUCCAAGGAAUAUCUUGAAACUAGAAGAGCCAUGGACAUUGUUGGAAUCAGUUCUGAUGAACAGGAUGCUAUUUUUCGGGUUGUGGCCGGUAUUCUUCAUUUAGGCAAUAUUGAAUUUUCUGAGGGAAAGGAAACAGAUUCAUCAACACCGAAGGACGAAAAAUCCUAUUUUCAUCUGCGAACAGCAGCUGAACUUUUUAUGUGCGAUGAAAAGGCCCUCGAAGAUUCUUUAUGUAAGCGUAUAAUUGUCACUCGCGAUGAGAACAUUACAAAAUGUCUUGAUCCAGAGGCUGCAGCUCUCAGUAGAGAUGCCUUGGCAAAAAUUGUUUACUCACGGUUAUUUGAUUGGCUCGUGAAUAAGAUAAAUAAUUCAAUAGGGCAAGAUCCUGAUUCAAAGGUUUUGAUUGGGGUGUUGGAUAUUUAUGGUUUUGAAAGUUUCAAGAUGAACAGCUUUGAACAAUUCUGCAUCAAUUUGACAAAUGAAAAGCUGCAGCAACAUUUUAAUCAGCAUGUUUUCAAGAUGGAACAGGAAGAAUAUACAAAAGAAGAAAUCAAUUGGAGUUACAUUGAAUUCAUUGACAAUCAGGAUAUUCUUGAUCUCAUUGAAAAGAAACCAGGUGGGAUUAUUGCUCUUCUGGAUGAGGCUUGUGUGUUGCCUAGAUCAACCCAUGAAACGUUUGCUCAAAAGUUGUACCAGACAUUUAAAAAUCAUUCACGCUUUAGCAAGCCUAAACUAGCUCGCUCUGACUUCACAAUUCGUCACUAUGCCGGUGAUGUCACAUAUCAGACAGAGCAAUUUCUGGACAAGAACAAAGACUAUGUUGUGGCUGAACAUCAAGCUCUCUUGACAGCUUCAAAAUGUAAAUUUGUUUCUAGUCUAUUUCCGCCUCCUUCUGAGGACUCCUCUAAGUCUUCAAAAUUUUCAUCAAUAGGGUCAAGAUUUAAGCAACAACUGCAAUCUUUGCUUGAGACUCUGAGUGCUACUGAGCCUCACUAUAUUCGCUGUGUUAAACCUAAUAAUAUUCUGAAGCCAGCAAUUUUUGAGAAUAGUAAUGUUCUUCAGCAGCUCCGAUGUGGGGGAGUGAUGGAGGCUAUUAGAAUUAGCUGUGCUGGAUAUCCAACCAGACGUACGUUUGAUGAGUUUAUAGAUCGUUUCAGUAUCCUUUUACCUGAAGUUUUGGAUGGAAGUUGCGAUGAAGUCACCGCUACAAAGAAGCUGCUCGAGAAGGUGCAACUUAGUGGCUAUCAGAUAGGAAAAACAAAGGUGUUUCUUCGGGCUGGUCAAAUGGCAGAACUAGAUGCUCUCAGGAGUAAAGUGUUGGGAAGAUCUGCCAUCAAAAUUCAAAGGAAAGUUCGCUCAUAUUUGGCUCGGAGGAGUUUCAUUUUACUCAAAAGAUCAGCUACGCAGCUUCAAGCUGUAUGCAGAGGGCAAAUUGCACGUCAAAUUUAUGAGAACAUUCGUCGAGAAGCUGCUUCUUUAAGGAUCCAGACAUAUUUCCGCAUGUACCGUGAAAGGAAAGCUUAUAGAGCAUUAUUUUUUGCAUCCAUAAGUAUCCAAGCUGGUAUACGCGGGACGGCUGCUCGUGGUGAGCUUCUGCUCAGGAGACAGACAAGAGCAGCAAUUAUUAUUCAGAGCUAUACUCGUCGAUUCUUGGCACAGUUGCAUUACACGAGGACAAGGAAGGCUGCACUUAUCAUUCAAUGUGCCUGGAGAGGAAAACUUGCGAGAAGAGAGCUCAGGAAGCUAAAACUGGCUGCAAGGGAAACGGGGGCUCUCCAAGCUGCAAAGAAUAAGCUGGAAAAGCAAGUCGAAGAACUCACUUGGAGGUUACAGCUGGAGAAACGCAUGAGGGUUGACAUGGAGGAAGCUAAAUCACAAGAAAAUGCAAAAUUGCAAGUUGCGCUACGUGAUAUGCAACAAGAAGUUAAAGAGACGAGAACUAUGCUGAUAAAGGAACAAGAAGCUGCCAAAAAGGCAGCUGAGGAGGCUCGUAUCAUACAGGAGGUCCCAGUUCUUGAUACAGCUGCUAUGGAUAAGCUUACUACUGAAAAUAAUAAACUUAAGGAAAUGGUGAGUUCGCUGGAAAAGAAGAUUGAUGAUGCUGAGAAGAAGUAUGAAGAAACAAGCCGAAUUAGCGAGGAAAGGCUGAAAAAAGCUACUGAAGCAGAGUCAAAGAUUACUCUAUUGAGUGAUUCGAUGCAAAGGUUCUUGUAGUUCCUCGCCUUUAACUUUUCACAAUUGAACCUCUUUUUCUCAUUUUAAGUCCUCCGUCAACAGACAUUGUUGCAAUCACCUGUGAAGCGCAUGUCUGAACAUUUAUCUAUUGAAACGACUCCAACAAAAAAUUUGGACAAUGGUCAUUAUGACGCUGAAGAGCCUAAGGCCCCAAUUGAACCUCAAAGUGCUCCUCCAGCCCUUAAGAAUUAUGCAAACUCUGAUCCUAAAUUAAGGAGGUCUUUCAUUGAGAGACAACAUGAGAGUGUUGAUGCCCUUAUCAACUGUGUUGUUCAAAAUCUUGGGUUUAGUGAAGGAAAGCCGGUUGCUGCAUUUACCAUAUACAGAUGUCUUCUCCACUGGAAGUCCUUUGAGUCAGAAAAGACUAAUGUGUUUGAUCGGCUAAUCCAAAUGAUUGGUUCUGCAAUUGAGAAUGAGGAGAGCAAUGACCAUCUGGCUUACUGGAUAUCAAAUGUGUCUACUUUGUUAGUUUUGCUGCAAAAGAGCCUAAAUGCAUCUGGGACAGUUCAACGCCGGAAACCUCCUCCUCCAACAUCAUUUUUUGGGAGGAUGGCACAGGGAUUCCGCUCCUCUGCAAAUCUUGCUUUUGAUGGCCUGGAUGUUGUGCGCCAAGUUGAGGCCAAAUAUCCUGCUCUCCUUUUCAAGCAACAACUGACUGCCUAUGUUGAGAAGAUGUAUGGAAUUAUUCGUGAUAACGUGAAAAAGGAUAUUACUUCCCUACUUUCAUUAUGCAUCCAGGCACCAAGAACAGCAAGAGCAAGCAUGCUGAGAGGAUCUAAUCGUUCAUUUGGCAAUUCAACUCAGAGCAGUCAUUGGCAAAGCAUAAUUGAGAGCUUGAAUAAUCUUCUCAAAACAUUGCAAGAAAAUUAUGUGCCUGAGGUUUUGAUCCAGAAGAUCUUUAGUCAAAUUUUCUCAUUCAUCAAUGUGCAACUCUUUAACAGUUUGCUUCUACGUCGUGAAUGUUGCUCUUUCAGCAACGGAGAGUACGUGAAAUCUGGUUUAGCAGAACUGGAGCUUUGGUGUGCCCAAGCAAAACCAGAAUAUGCAGGAUCAUCUUGGGAGGAACUUAAGCAUAUAAGACAAGCUGUUGGCUUCUUGGUAAUCUUUCAGAAGUAUAGGAUUUCCUAUGAUGAAAUAGUCAACGACCUCUGCCCAGUAUUGAGUGUCCAGCAAUUAUAUAGAAUUUGCACACAGUACUGGGAUGACAAGUAUAACACACAGAGUGUCUCCUCAAGCGUCCUUUCUAGCAUGAGGAUCUUAAUGACAGAGGAUUCCAACAGCGCUGCUAGUAGUGCCUUUUUGCUGGACGACAAUUCCAGCAUUCCCUUUAGUGUUGAUGACAUAUCUAGUUCUCUACAAGAUAAGAAUUUUUCAGAUGUUAAACAUCCAGAGGAGCUUCUUGAGAACCCAGCCUUCCAAUUUUUACAGGACUGAGGCUUCGGUACCUCAAAUAUGCUUGGAGUUUUGAGCAUCAUGAAAGUUUACUUAAUGUUGUAAAUACUAUUUUUCACCAUGUGUUUAUUUUUUUCUUCUUUUUAUCCCUUGUCUUUUUACACCAGUUCUGUCGACAGAGAUUUUAUUUGUUGCAUUCAUGUUAAAUUAUUAGUUCAAUUCAUAGGGGCGGUAGUUGGGCUAGGUUUCCGUCCCAAUAGUAUGAUUUUUUUUUACAGGGCAAUAUUCUUUAUAGGUAUGUCAUAGAGUUGAGUUUGUCGGAGGGAGACAGGACAAUGCUCCUCCACCUUUUGUUGUACAAACUUUAAGAUUGUAAGUGUAAAGCAAUUGAAUUAUAAUUUA